AAUUAAUUCUCGCACAGGCUGAGAUUAACAAGAUUUAUCAAGAGCUCGUGCGCAUUGGAAGAGUGAAAUCUUCCUUCAUCAUCGACUCCGUAACCAAAAACAAGUCGGUUCGCAGUCGCUCUGGUGUACUACCCAUUUCUGUAGCCACAGACGGCAACAACUUCAGUUGUGCAUUUGAUUGUCACUUCUGUCCCGAUGAAACGGUGAAGAAUGGGGCACCUAGGGACAUGUCACGGUCGUAUUUGAGUUCGGAGGGGACGUUUAUCCGAGGAGCUAUAGAGAACUUCGAUGGAGCGGGCCAAAUAUUCAGGAGGUUAUUGGAGUUGGAGAUGAUGGGUCAUCCACCUGACAAAUGCGAGAUGAUAAUUCUGGGUGGUACUUGGGAUUCAUAUGACGAGAAAUAUCGAGACUACUUCAUCAAUCAGAUUUUCUAUGCCUGCAAUGAAUUCCACAGAGUGUCUAUUCGCUUAAACGGCGACCUCUCACAUUUCACAAGAGAAUGGGUGGGCCUAAAUCCGAUGCAAGCAGGAUUGCGAUUCGACUCGCUUGGGAAGAUAGCAGCAAAUCUCCGACCUAUGCUCUCACUGAGCGAAGAGAAACGAAUCAACGAGACAUCUGAAUGUGCCAGGAUCAUCGGCAUAGUAUUAGAAACAAGGCCGGAUUGUAUCAAUAAGCGUUCACUCAACCGCAAGCGAACGUUGGGGUGUACACGUCUACAACUGGGAAUACAACACACCGACGACGAUAUUUUAGAGCUGAACAACAGAGGCCACGGUGUUCAGAAGAGUAGAGAUGCGUUGAAGUUUGCUCGGGAUGCAGCAUUCAAGGUAGAUGGCCAUUUGAUGCCUGAUCUUCCCGGAACGACGCCGGAAAAAGACUAUGAAAUGUUAUCGGAGGUGUUUGGGGGCGAAGAGUUGCAACUGGAUUAUUGUAAACUGUAUCCUUGCUUAGAUCUGCCGUAUACAGUCACUCGCAAAUGGAAAGAGGAUGGCUCGUGGAAGCCAAUGGCUGAGCAUCAGUACCAAGAGUUCCUGGAUAUACUACGCCAUGGUAUGGCGAUUUGCCCACCAUGGACACGCAUCAAUCGAGUUCAUCGAGAUUUUCCUGAGGCAACGGUUAAAAACGACUAUCUGGGCUUUGUAAGUGAAAAUAUUAAAUCAAAUCUACAACAGCACAUCGUACGUGAACUGAAGAGCCACGGGCAAGCGUGUUAUGACAUUCGAUCGCGAGAGAUUGCAAACUCAUUCCCUGUGGACUGUGAUAGCCGGGCACGACUAUUCAUGCGAGUGUAUCGAGCCAACGAAGGCACGGAGAUAUUCCUGUCCGUUGAAAUUCCUCGUACGGAUGCCGCUUCUCCUGACGAUGCUAUGUUGCUGGGCUUGUUGCGACUGCGUUUGAAUGAUGUCGAUUGCCGACGAGUGCGCGGAGAGCACCCAAGGAUACCACAGCAUUACCUGAAUGAAUUUGCUGAGAAACCCUACGCACGUAUUAGAGAGCUGCAUGUAUACGGCAAUCUGAAAAUGGUGACGCGCGAGCACACGGACCGGUCCAAUUCUCAACACACGGGCGUGGGCAAGUUUUUGAUGGCUUCGGCAGAAUCUAUUAGUCGCUUGUGCGGCUUCGAGCACAUCUGCGUAAUCAGCGGUGUUGGCGUAAGAGGCUAUUACCGCCACCGAGGCUAUGAGCUCACCGGCGGCAGUGGGGAAUAUAUGGUGAAGAAUUUGUCGGCGAACGAAGGCUUGGACAAGACCCCAGAGUUCAAAUUAUUCGGCCACACAUAUAGCGACUAUGAAAUGGGAGAUGCGUUGAUGCAGGCGAAACUGACUAAUUCAUGCCUUAGCCCCGAGGCACGAACCUAUGUAAACUCCCAACGCGACUCAUCGAAUGUGCUGAAGCACUCUGUGCAUACAUACGCACACAUACAGGAUGGUCGAGCACAGCUUGUCAUUCUAGGUAUUCCGAAGACCGCCUCCAGAACGGCGAUCGACAGCAAUUCGAUGUACUUGAUGCUUGCCUUGCUGUUAAUGCUACUAUCCAUGGCUUUGAAGUCGAUCAUGUGAUCAAGAGAUACCGAGGUCGCGCCAAAGUUAAUCAAUUAACGUUUCUGGUCCGAAAAGGAACCUUAAGCGAUGACGGGUUGUCAUCAGCUUCUACUUGACGCUGGUAGGAAAUGCAUAUGGCUUCAUGAUGAAGAACACAUAGACGGUAGUCGAUAUGGCCUGAGUAGUUCUUGAGAGCCUUGGUCACGAGCCUGUUAUUAUAUUCUGGCUCAUAUCAGGCACACUAUUGCUCGCGGUGGAGAAAACAAUAUCAGAAAGCAUUGCAUGUAGACCCGCACUACUCGAUGGUACUUCGCGUUGCGCUAAGUUUUCGUAUAGUAAUACAAAAUGUUUAAUUUAACACUCAUUGCGAGUUCCAGAAGCUAAAGACGUAUUCAUAUAUGCAAGUGUUUCAUCCCAACUAGCGUGUCGAGCCACUGAAGUUAGGUAUAGAAAGCGUACGUUACCCAGCUUGGUAUUAAUUAUGCAGGAUCUUCUACGAAUGGAAAAUUGUACGAUCCAUAUAAAGUGGAACGUACGUGUACCCCAACGGAUUUCCACGUAUUUUUACUUAGACAUAAAGACGCAGGUACUACAACUGUACUGCUUGAAACUUGAACCCACGACGACUCUGCAAUUCUAGUCGGGAAACUCAACGAACGGCACGUGUUCUAUCCAUCCUGAUAUGUUUUAUUAUAUCAUUCAAACAAGAAGAGUAGCGUGGAAACUAAAUCAUCU